GACGGGCCGAAGGGUGAGUUUUGUAUUUGUUGAAAAGGAGGGACGAAGAAGAAGAAGAAGAAGAAGAAGCUCUCUGUAGUUCUUGUGGCGCUCCAUCAAAUCUCUUCCUUUUUUCAUUUAUUCUCUCCUUAUUGGUCCGCAAUCGGGACUAAGUUUAGUGUUCUCAAUUCGAGUCUGAAAUGCUGAGGAUCUUUCAUUUCUAGACAAGCUCGCAGGAGGAACAAUUUCGUUCCUUGCUUCAAUUUUUCUCCGUCUUCUGGAAUUGAUCUGUCUGAAUGGAAAGUCAAGAGGCGUGAUUGUUCUUCUUCUUUUUUUUUUUCGCGAAUACGUUCGGGAGUUUUUUAGUUGUAGAAAUUCGAAGUGGAUUUGAUUUCGGAGCGAAUUUCGCUUCCUUAUUUGGCCAAUCGGGUUCGUUUCAUUUGUAAUCACCUGAAGGCGGUCUUGUAGUUUACAGAGGCUUGCGAAUUUAUGCAUUUUAAACGGAUUUAAGCGUUUAUUGAAGAAAAUCCGAACUGUUGUAAAGAUUGGAGACUGGAUAUUGCCGAUGGGAACACGCUUUUUCUUCGACAGUCGAAGAAGACAACUCUGAGAGAUGGAACUCCGUCGUUGCAAUUUGGUUUCUGAUUCGCAUUUUCGCAAAGUCUCAAGAGUACAAGAAGCAAGCAUCGUCUAGUUUUUUGCUGCGUUUGGAAUUUCUUUGAAUCACAGUUAUUUAAGAGCCUGAUGGAAAGGGAUCCACUGAGAAGCAAUAAUAGCUACGGCACCGCCAAUAACAAAGUGGACACAUCGGGGAGAAGCGGCGGAGGAGGAGCCGAAGCGUCGUUGCUAUUGAGGUCCAGUUGCGAUGCCACAAAACAGACUGCACCAUCGUACUUCGUUUUGCAGUGGGGAAACCGGAAGCGGCUUAGAUGCAUGAAGGUCCAAGGCAGCAGAGAUAAAACCGACCCCGCCGCUCCGGCUCACCGGACCACCGCCCGGGUCGACCGUCGAGUCGUAAGAGCCGACAAAGACUCCCCGAACCGGACCAGCAUCACCCAUUCUCCUGCCAAUCACAGUAACAUCAGCAAUGGGUAUUUGAAUCUCCGGCAAAGAGCCUCAUCGCCUCAGCUCCCCCCUCCUCCUCACCAGCGAAUUCUCAGGAACUCAGAGACGGCGGGGGCGAUGAGAGGAAACGGCAACGCCGGUGUUAGGGGAAUUGCCUCACCGGACAGGGUGGCGCACGAUAGACGAGGAAGCAACAACAACCACCACCAUCAUCACUCCAACAACAACAACAACAACAACAACAGCCAUCACCACAAUGACAAUAACAACAAAUCAGCUGCCACAUCGGACACGGCGCACGAUAGUAAAAAGGGCGGGUCUUCAUCCGGUGGCAGUGGUGAGGCAGCCGUGCCCCAAGUGUGGCCGCCAAAAUUCGCUAUUGCUCUGACGAACAAAGAGAAAGAGGAGGAUUUCUUGGCCAUCAAGGGCUCCAAGUUGCCCCAGAGACCCAAGAAACGAGCCAAGGUUAUCCAACGCACCGUCAACCUGGUGAGUCCGGGGUCUUGGCUAUCUGAUCUGACUCUCGAGCGGUAUGAAGUUCGGGAGAAGAAGAUUUCUAAGAAGAGGCCGAGAGGAUUGAAGGCAAUGGGUAACAUGGAGUCGGAUUCAGAGUGAAAUGAGUGAGUAUCCUUUGGAGAUGCCAUUAAUGUACAAACUCUAUGGAUUCCCUUUUUAAAAAUGGUUAUUAGCCAGAUUGAAAGGGCAGAGCAGAGAAAGUAGGCAAUUCUUUUUUGUUCCUUUCCUCUCUUAUUUUAUUCAUUCAUUCAUCCUUCUUGA